AAGCCCAGCCUUCCAGUGCCUCUAGGGAGGGGCCAGCCAGUUCGCUGCGGCUUCCGCUAAAGGCAGCUCCUUUCCCCUGACUCUCGGGCUCCUCCCGGGUGUCCCUGUCCCUGUCACUCAGAGCCACGAAACACAGGUGGACGUGGUGCUCGUUUCCUGCCGCCAACAUGAUGGGCAAACUGCCCCUAGGUGUUGUUUCCCCUUAUGUGAAGAUGAGUUCGGGGGGCUGUGCAGACCCCCUGAAAUUUUAUGCCACCAGCUACUGCACAGCCUACAGCCGGGAGGGUUUCAAGCCCCAAGUUUCUCAGCACAAGGGCACUGGUUACCAGUCGAAUUACCGACCCAUAGUCAGCUAUCAGCCCAGCCUGGACACCCUGGAUUCCCUGGACAAUGCUGCUGCGGGAGAACAAAUGAAGGAUAAGGAUCAGACGGUCUUUCCUCAGAGCUACCGGCCAGUGGAGCUGCCAGAUAGCCGGUACCCUCUGCCCCGGAGCCUGUACCAACCUGGCUACAGCUGUGCUCGUGAUAAAGCCCACUCAUGUCCCCCCUCCAAAGAGGCCAAGAGGGUUCAUUUCAACACCCAGGAUCACGGCCCCCAGGCCGCCAUAGGAUUGGAGCCCAAGACCGUGCCCGUCCUCCACCCGUCCGUGGCCAAGGGGAGUCCUGAUACAGAGAACUACCGCUAUGGUCCCAGAUUUGCCUCUGAGUACAACUCCAAGUACCGUCAUGAUAUCUCCGGCCCUCCAGAUUUCCUCCAGAAGAAAACGAUCGGUGCCAAGGAGGAGUCGGGCUUUACGGAGCAGGCCAUCAAGAGUCCCCUGGCCUUCCAGCCCUUCCCUGGAGAUCCCCUGCCUCCUCCGGGCAGAAGCACCACCAGGUCAGAUUACGUCCCCAUGGCCACCCCGCACGGGGAUGAGUAUUUGCCGGUGCUGGCCAAAGGUUCCGAGAGAGAGUCGGGCUUCAGCCGGGCCAAAGAGAAGCACCUGCCUACGACCCCUCCCGCCGGCCCCCCCGGCCUCUCUGAGCCCAGCAGCCUGAGUUACCGCCAGUACCAGGGCAUGCAGUGGGCACCCCAGAGCAACAACACCCUCUUGGGCCGGGAGCUCCUGGGGGCCAAGGAGCCCUCCGGCUACACCAGCAACAACUCCAGCUACAACCGGGGACCCCCGGACCCCGAUUAUAGGUUUAUGACCACCUACAACCAAAGAUACCUUGAGAAUACUCCGAAGGGUCUGGACCGGGAAAGUUGGAUCCGAGGAGGAAUCCAGCACCUCGGGGGCUACGGGCUUAACCCGCCUAGCAGCCAGCACAGCCUGGACAGUUACCACAGCCCCGCAGAGUCUGCUCGCAGAUCCCACCCCCACGUGGCCAGAACCCUGACGGCCCUGGAUCCCUUCUACAGAGACACCCCUCACAGCCAAGGUUUUUCCGCCCUGUACGCCCCGUCCUGAGCUGGCGCUCCCCGGCCCAGGCAGGAGAGGAGCGGGCACACGGUCUCCCAGCUCCCGACCCCUCCGAGGGCACCUUACCUGCUACUUUUCUAAGGAAAUAAAGAGAUAAUGUUCCACCAA